AUGAAGCAGUUUUGUAAAAUGAUGUGUUUUAUGGAGCCAGACUGUGUCAGCGUUAAUCUCGAUAAACAACCAGAUGUCAUUGGAAACUAUAAAUGUGAAUUGAAUAAUGCUACUCACGAAGGACACGAACACGAGUUGAGGUCAAACACAAAUUCCUCUUACCAUGCUGUAGAGAGCACUUGUGUGAAAAACCCUUGCAAAAACAACGCUGUGUGUCAGAGCGGUUUUAACGAAGAAGGUUUUCGCUGUUUAUGUCCUGCUGGAUGGAAAGGACAGUAUUGUGAGGUCAAUUGUAACACAGACAUUGAUCAUUGUGUUGAGGAGUUACACAACUGCAGUCUUGAUGCCUUUUGCAGCAAUACCAAAGGGUCGUACAACUGUACAUGUAAACCUGGAUUCACCGGAAACGGCCAAGACUGCGAAGACAUCGACGAAUGUGCUGAGCAGUUACAUAAUUGCAAUCUAAAUGCAAUUUGCUACAAUACCAAAGGAUCCUACACCUGUACUUGUAAACCUGGAUUCGUUGGAAAUGUGGGAGAAUGUGAAGACAUUGACGAGUGCGCUGAAGGUUCACAUAACUGCAGUCUUAAUUCCUUCUGUAACAAUACCGAAGGGUCGUACAACUGUAAGUGUAACCCCGGAUUCACUGGAAAUGGCCGAGGAUGCGAACCUUGGAGGUGCAAGCAUGAAUAUUAUCAGCAUAUAACGUUUGUGAGUGGUGUGGUGACACUCCUUCUUGACUCAAACCCAGUUCCCGUUUACUGUCACAUGGGAGAUUUUGGGUGUGGAGAUGGAGGUUGGACGACGGUCAUGAAGAUUGACGGCAACAAGUCAACGUUUGGUUAUGACAGUCCUCACUGGAGCGACUACAUAGAAUACAAUCUUCCUGGAGGGGAAACUGGAUUCGACAGACAGGAAACCAAGUUAUCAACCUACUGGAACACUCCCUUCUCCCAAAUCUGUCUCGGAAUGAAUAUCGGCCAACAGACCACGUUCAUUGUCAUCAACAAGAAGGCUGAAUCUCUGUACUCACUUAUCGCUGACGGACAGUACCGCCCUACUUCACUGGGUCGUGAUAAAUGGAAGACGCUGCUUGGUUUUGAGGCCUCUUUGCAGUAUAAUUGUAACCAGGAAGGGUUCAACACUGAGUGUGAAAGGGAAGGUUAUUCCAAGGCCCGGAUCGGUAUCGCUAGCAAAAACGAGGACGGCUGCACCUCAUGUAAUUCGAGGAUUGGAUUUGGUACAGGAGGGAGACCUGAUGACUCAAACACCUGUGGAAACGAAGCGGAAAAUUACUCUACAGAUAAUGGAGAGAAACACGUCAAAGCCAUGGGAUAUGUUUUAGUACAAUGA